UUCUCUUCAAGCUCCAACAACUCAACCAGAAUGUCCCUGUCACUUAUUUUUGAGGCCCGUGCCUUGCUCCAACAACACAACCCACAGCAGGCGCUCGAGCUCUUGAAGCCGCACCUGGAAGAAUUUAAGGACAAUACGCAGUAUCUCACGAUCCUCGCGGAGGCCUUGAUGGAAUGUUCCGACUUGGAGUCAGCUUACGAAGUUUUGACCAGAGCGGUGGAACUCGAUCCACGUGCUGAAACCGGGACCGAAAAGUUCUUCUACUUGGGUCAGAUCAUUGGAAGCCAGGAGGGUUUGCGUCUCUUGAAGGUGGGCAUUGAGCAGUUACACGCGAAGCUAGAGAUUGCAAAGAGCAAUCCGGCAGCUGCUUCAACUGAUUCCUUCAUUCUGGACUUGCUUGUAAGUCAUCACAGCAUUGAAGCCGUCACUGCCUACAUGGUUUCCAAGAUCAACCACGCCUUGUUGUCGUGUAUCGAGAUCUGGAUGACGGACUUGUGCAUGGAGGACGAGGCGGAGACGGAAUGCGAGACCUUGAUCCAGUACGCCUUGGCAUUUCAGCCGGAAAACCCGGAAAACUGGUCCACUUUGGGGAGUAUCCGCAUCUCCCAGCAGCGCAAUGAUGACGCCAGAGAGGCGUUGACCAAGGCCUGGCACUUGUUCGAUGAGAAGAAGACGCAAUUGGAGGGCUCUGCCAACUCCAGUAGUGCCGGAGACAGUGAUGUUGACUACACGGACUUGAUCCAGCCACUCUUGGCGUUGUCGCACCACUUGCUCAACAUUUUUGAGCUUGCGUUGGCCAGCUCUGCCUCCUCCGCCGUUCAGGACAUUGACGACUCUAACUUGGAAUCAUACUACUUGGAGGCAUUUGCCUGUUACUUACAGGUGAAACAGCAGAAGUUUGUGGCAAUGGCGUCCGAAGAGCAGGCAAAGUAUGAGAAUGACUUCCAAAGCUUGUCCAUUGACUUGGCGGCUGAUUCCCAAAGCGACGAGUUGGCUCUGUUGCUCAAACAGUCCAGAACUGCGCUUGUUGCCGGUUGGAAGUUGUGCCAGUCCGAUGCGGUCGACAUGGAAGACCCGGAUGUGGCCGAGUUGGGUCAGCAGAUCGUGGCAUUGUUGGAGGAAACAGGUGGGAAGGUGAAGAUGAGUGAAAUGAGAGAUGAGAAGUUUGAAGUGGAAGAAGGUUGGGAGAAUGAGAUUGACAUGAACGACUCCUAGAACGGCACGUUGGAUGUAAAAGCAUUCAAAGUGGCGAUGAUAAACAGUUACGAAGCGGUAAACUGUCAAGAGAAGAAUCUGUUAUAGAAAAUGGGUUUCACAGAGGCUUUAAUAGUAUGCUUUCAACUUCUUGCCCUUCCUUUUAUCGUUCAAUAGCCUCUGAGACCCACUCAUUGUACAAUAAUCUCUGGGACCCAUCUAUUGUAUAGUGUUUUUUUUCCACGAUGCAAGGUAAAAGCACCCGGUUUAUAUACUGGUAAUAAAGGUUAGACGUGA